UCCGAUUCGGUUAAGUGCUGUAAAAGGGACCGAGAUAGCAUUAUAAGAAGUUUCAAUGUAUAAGACCUUUGAUUCUUCUCGCUUCCAUUAUGGUAUCGCUUCUACAGUACAACAACUUCCAUGUUUAAUAGGUUGACGAGUACUCUUACUCUAUAUCGAUUGUACAAUACCCCGAUGAAAAUGGUCGCUACCUUAUCUUUCCUGGCUCUUGGCCUCAUCGGUGCUUCUGCCGCUACUCCCUCUCUGCGAUUCGCAAAGCGCAACUCCCCCAACGGUUGUGCGGACGGCGUCCCGAGCCAGGCCGCCGUCGCAGGCGCAAUUAAUCAGUGGAACAGUGAUGUCACCACCGUCAAUGAUUUUCUCGAUGUCGCGACUUCUCUGCAAGGGCUUCAUUUACAAUUACAGCUCGUAGUCGCCCUCAGAGCUGCUAACGACGAGCCCGACCAAUUACAAAUUCUCGCGUGUGCAUCAGAUGUGAGUCCCAGCACGGUUGCGCAGGCCGCCGCAGACGACUUAUUCACUGGGUUCGGGCCCAACGUACUCACGCCCCUAAGCAACAUCCUCAACGAUCCAUCAUCGAUUACGCAGAAUUUGCAGCUAAUCAAUCAAUUUCGCUGCUGCCAUGUGCUACCGGACCUUGACACCUUAUGGAGCUUCACUGCCGAGGACGACGGCGUUGCCAAUCAGGUGCCUUUGUCGGCUCCUAGACCGGCAGCCUGUGCGUCCAUCUAUUGCUGAGUGGACAUGAAAUACGACGACAGGGGGUGAACGAGAGCUAGUGGCACAAUCGAAGGUAAUGGACCUGGCAACCUAUUUGUUGCACAAGUCUAGCAACAGCUUGGUAGGGGCUUUCCAAACCUUGUUCACUAUAAUAAUGGGCAAGAGUAACUGUGCAGAUAAUACAAAGGAUUGUGAAAUUAUGGAGGAUUCAAUUAUGCCAGCAUAUAUCCUUGUCAGAUAAGUGGAUUUGUGCAGAAAAUUGUUGAUGGUGUUCGGGUUUGAUAUUCUCAGACAUGUUCCCCUGCCCAUCCGCACAAGGUAACAAUACCGUUCAUUCGUUCUGGGUGCCUUCCCUCUUGGUCUCGAGCCCAUAGCAUUACGCUUGCCCUGACCCAAUAUUUUGCUGUUGGAUUUCCG